CCUGCCCAAAUCUGCCCCAAAAACCUGCCUCGAAAACCUGCCCCACCCCUGCUCUCACCUGCCCCACGCCUUCUCCACACCUGCCCCUCACCUGCCCCACCCCUGCUCUCACCUGCCCCACGCCUUCUCCACACCUGCCCCUCACCUGCCCCUCACCUGCCCUCACCUGCCCCAGGUACUACGCGGCCGUGGAGGCCAAGAAGGAGCAGAGCAGCAAACACGCGCAGAGCUUCGGGGCGCGGCAGCCCACCAUGGGCGGCCCCAACCCCGGGCAGGAGCGGGGGGUCUGGCUGUCCCUGCUGGAGACGCUCCGCGAGCGGGAGCUGCUGCCCGCCGUCACCUUCACCUUCUCGCGGGGCCGCUGCGAGGACCAGGCGGCCGCGCUGGGCUCGCUGGAGCUGCUGAGCGGCCCCGAGCGCGGGCAGGUGCGGCAGUUCCUGACGCGCUGCCUGGCCCGGCUGCGCGGCUCCGACCGGCGCCUGCCGCAGGUGCUGCAGCUGUCGGAGCUGCUGCAGCGCGGCAUCGGCGUCCACCACGGCGGGGUCCUGCCCCUGCUCAAGGAGAUCGUGGAGAUGCUCUUCAGCCAAGGGCUGGUCAAGGUGCUGUUUGCCACUGAGACCUUCGCCAUGGGGGUGAACAUGCCGGCACGGACCGUCGUCUUCGACUCCAUCCGCAAACACGACGGGAACAGCUUCCGGGACCUCCUGCCAGGCGAGUACACGCAGAUGUCGGGGCGCGCGGGGCGCCGCGGGCUGGACGCCACCGGCACCGUCAUCAUCCUCUGCAAGGGGCCGGUGCCCGAGCUGUCCGACCUGCACCGCAUGAUGCUGGGCCGGCCGUCGCCGCUGCAGUCGCGGUUCCGCCUGACGUACCCCAUGAUCCUGCUGCUGCUGCGUGCCCCCGCCCUGCGCCCCCACGACCUGAUGCGCCGCAGCUUCGCCGAGUUCCCGCUGCGCCGCGACGCCACGGCGCAGACGCGUCGCGUGGCCGCCCUCAGGGAGGCGCUGGCGGCGCUGGGGGGCCCCGAGGGGACAGCGGGGGACACGGGGGACAUCGGGGACCUGCCCCAGUACCACCAGGCCGUGGUGGCGCUGCGCCGAGCCCGCGCCGUGCUGCAGCGGUGCCUGGCGCAGCCGGGGGGGCAGCGGGUGCUGGCACCGGGCCGGGUGGUGGUGGUCUGCACGCCGAGGCACCGCAACGCGCUGGGGCUGGUGCUGCAGCUCCGGGGCUCCGGCCGCACCUUCACCACGCUGGUGCUGAGCGAGAAGCCCCCCGAGGACGGGGGAGCCCCCCCUGAGCCCCCCCAGGACGUGCCCUACCCCGAGGACCUGCUGCUCACCCGCCUCUUCCUGCCCGAGGGCCCCCCCGGGCACUGCCUGGAGCAGCUGCGCCCCGAGGACAUCGUGGGGGUCACGGCCAAGACCCUGCGGGUGAACCCCGAGAUUCUGCUGCAGGAGCUGCGCCCCCCCAGGGGACCCCGGCCCCGGUCUCCCCCCCCGGGCGGGGGUCUCGGGGCGGCCCUGCAGGAGCUGUGUCGGCUGGCGGGGGGUGCCGGCAGGGAGGGGGGGCCCCCCCUGCUGGAGGCUUUGGGGGUCCCCCCCGGGCGGGACCCCGCGGCGCUGGCGGCGGCGGCCGAGCUGCGCGGGCUGGGCGCGGCGCUGCGCGGCUUCCGCUGCGUGCACAGCCCCCGCUUCGCCCAGCAGUACGCCCAGUUCGCCGCCAGGCAGGAGCUGCAGGAGCAGCUGGAGGAGCUGCAGUUCCAGCUGUCGGACCAGUCGCUGCUGCUGCUGCCCGAGUACCACCAGCGCCUCGAGGUGCUGUCGGAGCUGGGCUACGUGGCGGGGGGCGCGGUGGCCCUGGGGGGCCGCGUGGCCGCCCUGCUGAGCACGGAGCAGCUGGUGCUGACCGAGCUGCUGCUGGGCAACGUGCUGGCCCCGCUGCGGCCCGAGGAGAGCGUGGCCCUGCUCUCCUGCCUGGUGACCCCCGGCCGCGGGGACCCGCUGCCCGAGGGGCUGCCCCCCGCCCUGGCACAGGCCCUGGAGCGCCUCCGCGCCGUCGCCGCCCGCGUGGCCCGGCUGGAGCAGCAGCGCGGCCUCGGGCCCGGCCCCGACGACUUCGUGGCCCAGUUCGGCUUCAGCCUGGUCCAGGUGGUCUACGAGUGGGCCAGGGGCAUGCCCUUUGCGGAGAUCGCGCGGCUGGCGCCGGUGCAGGAGGGCACGGUGGUGCGGGCGAUCCAGCGGCUGGAGGAGCUGCUGCGGGAGCUGCGCCAGGCCGCGCGCGUCGUGGGCGACCCCGCGCUGGCCGCCAAGAUGGAGGCGGCCGCCGCCAUGAUCAAGCGCGACAUCGUCUUCGCCGCCAGCCUGUACACGCAAUAAAGGGACCUGGGGGGGACGCGGGGGGGGGACGGCCCCGCUGCCCGCCCCCCCCCGUGCCCCUGUGGUUCGGUCCA